AUGGGUGCAUCAGGCUUAGGUUCUGCUUUAGCAAAGUGCAUUAAUCUCUCAAAUUUGACACUUUAUCUUAAUUAAAAUGAAAUUGGUUCAAUAGGUGCAUCAGAUUUAUGUUCUGGUUUAGCAAAUUGCAUUAAUCUCUCAAAUUUGACACUUGAGCUUAAUUACAAUAAAAUUGAUGAUUUAGGUGUAUCAGGCUUAGGUUCUGCUUUAGCAAAUUGCAUUAAUCUCUCUAAUUUGACACUUUAACUUAGUUUUAAUAAAAUUGGUGAUAAAGGGGCAUCAGACUUAAGUUCUUCUUUAGCAAAGUGCAUUAAUCUCUCAAAUUUGACACUUUACCUUAAUUGCAAUUAAAUUGGUGAUGAAGGUGCAUUAAGCUUAGGUUCUGGUUUAGCAAAUUGUAUUAAUCUCUCAGAUCUGACACUUCGCUUUUAUGAGAAUUAAAUUGGUGUAAAGGGCCUAUCAAACAUGGUUUCUGCUUUAGCUAAGUCCAUUAAUCUCUCAAAUUUGGAACUUCAACUUCAUGGUAGUAAAAUUGGUGAUGAAGGCGCAUCAGGCUUAGGUUCUGCUUUAGCAAAUUUUAUUAAUCUCUCAAAUUUGACACUAUACCUUGGUGAAAAUUAAAUUGGUGAUGAAGGUGCAUCAGGCUUAGGUUCUGGUUUAGCAAAGUGCAUUAAUCUCUCUAAUUUGAUACUUUAACUUAGUGACAAUUAAAUUGGUGCAAUGGGUGCCUCAGGUUUAGGUUCUGGUUUAGCAAAUUGCAUUAAACUCUCAAAUUUGACACUUUUCCUUAGUUCCAAUAAAAUUGGUGCAAAGGGCGCAUCAUGUUUGGGCUCUGCUUUAGCAAAGUGCUUUAAUCUCUCAAAUUUGAAACUUAUUCUUUGUGCCAAUAAAAUUCGUGCAAUGGGUGUCUCAGACUUAGGUUCUGCUUUAGCAAAUUGCAUUAAUCUCUCAAAUUUGGCACUUAAUGUUGGUCAGAAUUAAUUUCGUGCAACGGGUGCUUUAGGCUUAGUUUCUGGUCUAUCAAAUUGCAUUAAUCUCUCAAGUUUGACACUCUACCUUUCUAAUGCUAACUAAAUGAAUGAAUCAUAAAUAUCAAAAGUAAUAAGCAAGUGUCUUUAAUCAAAAAGAUUAGUUGUAUUUAAAAUAAAAUUCUGA